AUGUGGCGCUUUUUAUCUUCAUCACCGCCUCCUGAAAUUGCUGCUUAUGUUCAAAAAGAGAUACAGUCCGCCCACGUCGUGUUAUUUACAAAAAGCUAUUGCCCUUACUGUGUCAAGGCAAUUGAAAUCUUGCGAUCCUAUAUAGGCAGUUCAUUUACAUGUAGUGAUUUGCGCAUCAUCGAUAUUAGAACGCGCGCUGAUUGUAGUAAGGUUCAGGAUUAUUUGGAAUCCAUUACCGGAGCCAGAACUGUGCCUAGAAUUUUUAUAGGAAAACGAUGUAUCGGCGGGUGCAAUGAUUUGGAGUAUCUUCAUAGUAUGAAAGCACUUGCUGAACUUUUAGAGCAGAAGAAAAAUUCGGCUAUUAUGUUUAUUUCACUCCCUGAUUCCAUGAUGUAUUACCGUCUCCAAAAUGAAAACCCCAGAGCUCUGGAGGGCUGUUAUGCUCUUCAGUUUCUUCUAGAUUGUGGGACAGCUCGUGUUGACCUAGCAGAAAAUUUAUCUCAUUCAUUACAAAUGUACCAAUGA